AUGGCCGCUCGUAUGAUGCCCAGGUUAGGGUUGAGGCUCGCAGCUUCAGCCCCCGUCUCGAUCCUGUCGCCGACGAUGGUCCAGCGUUCGGCUUUCUCAACACUCAGAACGACAACAUCGGUUGGAUUGGGGAUGCCUCCGUUGUCGAUGACGCCGAGACCCUCCUCAGCACUGGAUAGGACAGCGGUAUGGAAGGCUCUGGCGAACAAGCGCUUCCAAUCAACCGCAACCAUCUCCCCUGCCGACCUACACUCAUCCGCUUCCUCCACCUCUGCAUCAACCUCCUCCACCAACUCCUCCAGCAGCAGCAGCAGCAAGACCUCAUCAACACCGCUCGUAUCCAAACCCAUCGUCGCACUGCAUCUUUACUCGCUCGCCUUCCUCGUAUACGCCAUCGUCGUAGUCGGUGGUCUCACCCGACUCACCGAAUCCGGACUCUCCAUCACCGAAUGGAAUCCAGGCUUCAAAGGCAUGCGUCUCCCCACCACAACUGAAGAAUGGAUCGCCGAAUGGGACAAGUACAAGCAGACACCCGAAUUCACCCUCCUCAACUCCAACAUGUCUCUCGAUGACUUCAAGAGUAUUUACAUGUGGGAAUGGGGCCAUCGAGUGCUCGGUCGAGUUAUCGGUGUUGCGUUCACCUUACCCGCCGCCUACUUUGUAACGCGAAAGUGGGUUGGUGUGGGGACCAGGUGGAAGUUAUUAGCCAUUGCAGCAGGUAUUGGCUUCCAGGGUUUCUUGGGUUGGUUUAUGGUCAAGAGUGGUUUGAGUGCGCCAGAAAAGAGUGCAACGCAGAAGAUGGUAGAGGUAGAAGGUGGCGAAGGCGUCAAGAGUGUUCCCACUAGUUCGGCACAGACUAGUGUUGCUGCGGCUGAUUGGACUCCGAGGGUAUCGCAUUUCAGGUUGGCGAUGCAUAUGGGUGCCGCUUUCCUUGUUUAUUUGGCCAUGCUGCAUACUGGCUUGGCCGUGCAGAGGGAUUAUAAAGCUGCCACCCUAACUGGGUCGGUUUCUGGUGUAAAGGCGAGAUCGCAGGCUGCGCUGCAGCAGUUGGCAAACACUCUCAACCACCCUUUGCUCCGAUCUCAUUCCAGGUUGACAAAAAUCGUUGCCGGUCUAGUCUUCACCACUGCCAUGUCCGGCGCACUCGUUGCAGGCUUGGAUGCCGGAUUGGUCUACAACGAGUUUCCCACCAUGGGUGAAGGCCGAAUCGCACCCCCAAUGGACGAGUUAAUGGACGACCGUUUCGCCCAGCGCUCAGAUCGAUCUGACAAAGUAAUUCGCAACCUUACCCAGAACCCAGUUACGGUGCAACUCAUCCACCGAACCCUAGCCAUCACUACCGCUUGCACUGUCCUUGCACUGGCCUUCAAGACUCGUCGUCUUUCCCGAGCCUACUCUUCCGCUGUCAAAGCAACCAGCGGCGGUACAGGGAUAGCAGAAAUGAUGCCAGUACUUCCUCCUCGAGUGUCGCAGCUAGCAAAUGCGAGUGUAGCCCUCGUCGCAGCACAGGUUACGUUGGGCAUCACGACAUUGAUCUACAUGGUACCCAUUCCGUUAGCUAGUGCUCAUCAGGCGGGUAGUCUGGCCUUGUUGAGUGUGUUGGUCGCCUUGCUUUCCGCGCUGAGACCGAUUCCAGCAAAGAUCUUGGCAAGCGGGUUGCAUAAGCAGAGUGACGUACUGGGCAAGGUGUUGAAGAAGGAGGUUCAUGCCCGAGCUGCUCCGCUGGCGGCCAAGUUGUAG